AUGCCUGUUAAAGGAAUCGUAUCAGUGGCUUCUGGCCGAAAUGGCGUUGGUGCAUUCAUCCUACAAUGCAAACGACUCGACUUUCACUACUGCGACUGGGCAGGUAGCUCGAAGGGCAUGAAUGCCUUCAUCAAGGAAAUGCUACCCGACUUCGCCAGACGAAACCCCCAAAUCGAAAUCCGCAUAUCUCCCCGUCCACAUAAACAUCCCGUCAUCAAGGGCCACUAUAUCAAUGGCCGCGAGAAAGCAAUUUGCGUACGGAAUCUCGAAGUAUACGACAUUCUUCAGAAAACGAACCUGUUGAAGGAAGCUAGUGGAGAGAAGCUACGGCGGACAACGAAGCCUGUUCUCAGCACGAACGAGAGCGUCAGAGGCAUCUGGUCUCCUUACCAUGGAGACAUGAAGCAGAUAUAA